AUGAAAAGCGCGCCAAUUUUCUCCGUGGAGCUCUUAUUCAUUGACAAUUUCUGGUUCGACAAGAAAACACCCAGUAGGAUGAGUCGAAAGAGGAGUCCUAAUUUUUCUCAAAUUGAAAUCGAAAUACUGCUUGAUGAGGUGGAGAAAAACAGAGCCAUUUUAUUUUCAAAGUUUUCCAACGUAUCUACAAGUUCUUCAAAGAAAAGAGCAUGGGAGGCAAUAUGUGAGAAAAUCAACAAAGCAAAUAACAUCGACCACUGUAGGACAGUAGAAGAAGUGAAGAAGAAAUGGUCCUCUUAUAUGAGUGAGACGAAAAAGAAGGCUUUGCAAAAUCGCAGGGAAACAGGAAAAACUGGAGGAGGCCCCCCACCCCAGGGACUAAAUCCUACGCUGGAAAAAAUUGUGAGAAUAAUUGGUUGUACCCCAAUUUCUGGCAUAGAGGGCGGUAUCGACACCUGCGAGGUCACCGAAAAAAACGAUAUAUUGAGCGUUGAGACUGCAUGUUCAAGUGACAGUACAUGUGCUAGUAUUGCGCCGCAAUGUGAUUUACCAGUUUCACGCGACGUGUCCGUUGAAUCCGGACCCUCAAAGAAGAGGAAAAAGGAAAAAGACAGUGAGGACUUUUAUGAAAACAAGUUAUUGAGCAUUGAGGAGGAAAAGCUUUCAAUCAUGAGACAGAUCGAUGCUGGAGAUCGAAAAGGAACGUUUGGAGUUAGACAGAGACUUACUAUAUAA